AUGAAUAUUAUACUCGUUCAUGGAGCUUGGGGCGAUGGUUCGCAUUGGAGAGGAGUUAUCCCAAUAUUACAUGCAAAGGGCUAUAAUGUCACUGCUGUUCAAAAUCCAUUGACAAGUCUUGCCGAUGAUAUUGAUCGUACAAAGAAGUUGGCCGCUGCUCAAAAUGGACCUACUCUUCUAGUUGGCCACUCAUACGGAGGCGCUGUCAUUACUGGAGCCGGUCAUCAACAAAACGUUGUUGGACUUGUCUACAUUGCUGCCUUUGCUCCCGACAAGGGGGAGAGUCUCAACGGUAUCUUCUCCCGUCAGGCACCACCAUCUGGAGGCGCACACAUCAAACCUGAUGCCAAUGGAUUCCUCUGGAUUGAGAAGCCCGCAUUCAAGGAGAGCUUCUGCCAGGAUCUCGACAGCACCGAGGCAUUGGUGAUGGCAACUGCUCAAAAACCAAUUGCUGCUCGUUGCUUCGAUGACAAGUCGGAUGAACCAGCCUGGAAGACCAAGCCAAGUUGGUAUCAGGUCUCUUCACAAGAUCACAUGAUCCCACCAGAGGCUGAGAAGUCCAUGGCCGAGCGUAUGAAGCCCAAGAAGAUCAUCUCGCUCGACUCUAGCCAUGCAUCCCUCGCAUCCCAUGCCAAGGAGGUAGCCAACCUUAUUGAUGAAGCUGCUCGUUCUUUUGCCAAGUAA